AAGUGCAAGUGCUACUGCGAGCGCCCAUAACGCUACAAGAAACUGUUCCUCCUUUUUCAACUUCUUUUCCUUUUUCUAACGACAAAGAAACGGAAGGAAAAUCUUCUAGUAAACAUUCGAACUCCAAAUUUCGGACAUCUCAAUCUUUUUCCCCUCGUUUCGUGCUGCCGAGGAGGAAAGGGGAAAAUGGGAGUCGGAACUAGUAACUUUGUCAUCAGAUGGAUCAACUUUUUCACCAUGCUUUUGGCUGUCGCAGUAAUAAUAUUUGGAAUAUGGAUGAGCAAUCAUCAUGAUGGCUGUAGGAAGUCUCUCACUCUGCUAGUGAUAGGCCUUGGAGCAUUCAUCUUCAUAAUGUCAGCCUUGCAUUUCUUAUCAACUCUGCUGUCUUCUUUGGUUGGAAUAUUUCUUCUUGUGGAUUGUCCUCUAAUCCAAGCUUUUAACUUUUAUAGAUCUGUAAUUGGUUUCUUUGGUGCCUUAAAAAACAGCUCGAUACUGUUAUGGGUUUAUCUGAUCACAUUGUGCUUCAUCUUAAUAGCUAUUCUGGUCUUCACUGUAUUGGCGUUUAUUGUGACUAAUAAUGGAUCAGGCCAUAAUGUGGCUGGCUUGAGGUACAAAGAGUAUCAACUGGAAGAUUACAGCUCAUGGUUCCUAAAACAAUUGAACAAUUCUCAUAACUGGGCUCGCCUGAGGAGUUGUCUUGUCAAAUCUGAAGACUGCAAUAAACUAUCAAAAAAAUACAAGACUCUUAAACAGUAUGAAUUAGCUAAAUUGACUCCAAUCGAGGCUGGCUGUUGCAGACCACCUUCCGAAUGUGGAUAUCCUGCUGUGAAUGCAUCAUACUAUGACUUGACCUUUCAUCCAGUUAGCCCUAACCAUGACUGCAAACGGGCUGGCGUUGCACAAUACAUGAAAACUGAGUGGAGAAUUGUCGCAAUAUUCAAUGUUGUUUUAUUUGUGGUGUUGUCUAUUGUAUACUUUGUGGGAUGCUGUGCAAGACGAAAUGCUGCCAGGAGCCAUUCUAAGGCUUGAAGAGAGA